AUGUGUCGCAACAAUAACAAAUAUGGGAAUGAGGCAGCGAAGAUCUUUGGUAAUGCCACGGAGCAGGAGGAACACUCAUGUGGUGCACAGAACGCCUGCGAGGUGGGUGCCUUCAUGCAGCUUCAAAGAAAGUGCAGGUCAAGAAUAGUUGAAAACGACGGUACUGAGAUGGCGAAAUUAUUUGCAGCUGUCCAGGUCGCGGACGGCAGUUGGGGCCGGGGAGGUGUUGGUGGUACAGGUACAGGAGAUCCGGCAGCUGCUCCCCGUGGAGGCGAGGAGUCCGGCCGGAAGCAGCACCACGCGCAGGCGACCAUCAGCUCGUCCUUCACGCGGCCAGUUCUGCGCCGCAGCGACCUGACGCCGGCUGCGGCCGUCGCCAGCAUUGCUCGUCCCCACCGGCCGCGGGGACAACGGGUGCAGCUCGAUCCGCCCUUCCCUGCACUUGGCCCCUACGCUGGGCUAGCUCUCCGUUGCUCGGAUGGCGGGGAGGGCGGCCGCGGCGUGCGCCCGGAUUCAUCGAUCGGGUCCCUGCACAGACAGCCAACGGCGCACGAUCCUCUCGUCGCUCCGCGGGAGUGGCUCCGCAAGCAGCCGCCGUCGCUGGAGUGGCUCGACAAGCAGCCGCCGUCGUCGGCGCAUUACAUUUCGUUCGGCACGACGUCGUCUCUCCGGGCAGAGCAGGUCAGGGAGCUGGCCGCCGCGCUGCGGGACACCAAGCAGCGGUUCGUCUGGGCGCUGCGGGACGCCGACCGCGCCGACAUGCGCGAGCCCGGCGGCGAGCGCCGGCUCGCGGCAUCGGCGGCGUCCCUGCUCGGCGACGCGGCGGCGCAAGGGACGGGCGUGGUGGUGACCGGGUGGGCGCCGCAGCUGGAGAUCCUAGCGCACGGCGCCACGGCGGCGUUCAUGAGCCACUGCGGGUGGAACUCGACGGUGGAGGGGCUGAGCCACGGGAAGGCCAUCCUGGCGUGGCCGAUGCACAGCGACCAGCCGUGGGACGCGGAGCUCGUGUGCAAGUACCUCCGGGCGGGGAUCCUCGUGCGGCCGUGGGAGGAGCGAGGGGACGUCACGCCGGCGGCCGCCAUCCGCGAGGCUAUCGAGAGGGCGAUGCGAUCGGACGAAGGGACGGCGGUCCGGGAGAGGGCAAGGAUGCUUGGGGACGCUGUGUGCGCCGCCCAUGGCAACGGCGGGUCGUCGAGCCGGGACAUGGACGACCUUGUCGCGUACGUGACGAGGUGACCGAUAGAAACACGAUGCAUCAGUGGAUGUGGAGAUGGAGCUAAACAUUCAUGGCCGCUCUUUGAAGCUUUUGAUUCGAAUUUGUACUCACUGAAACUGCUGACUAGUGCUGGACUGCUGUUGACUCGAACUAAGCAAUGUC